AUGAUUCAAUUUACUGGUAUUGUUGCUGUUAUUUUAUUCAAUUUCCUGACGAACACAGUCGCAGUUUUCAUUUGUCCACAGGUGAAUGGGACUUUUGUCAAUCGAGAUGAUUAUCGAUCAUUUUAUCAAUGCAUAAAUGGAAUCAAUAUGCUUAAAUACUGCCCAUCGGCAACUCAAUACUACUCGACAGGCAAUGCAACUUGUCAGGAGGGCCCAGCCGAGUGGAACUACGUUUAUGAUCUGACUGGAAUAUACACUGUCACAGCUAAUGUAGAGUAUCGACAUGUUUAUCAACGAGACUAUGAUGUCUAUUGGACAAGUGAUACACCUACUGUAGCCAACACAUUCAUUGGACGCCACAUUAAUGAAACGCACAUUGUUGGCAUUCAGACCCGUCUUGUUCGAUUAACAGGCUGCACAUCAGUUCUCAAUGCUCGUAUGGUGGCCACCGGUAGUAAAUCGUUUUGCCAACAUACUAGUCUUGCCGUUUUCGGACGAGCAUGCGAUUUAGUAGCUCCUUACUCGAGCGAUUUAUGUAUUUCACAGUGA